GGUGGUGGUGGGGGGGGGGGGGGAGAGAGACUCCACUAAAUGUCAUCCUCAACAUCUGAAAUAAGAAGAAACACUAAACUAGAGAUCUCCACACGUGACGGCAGCGCGACGCUAUAUGAGGGGAAAAAGGCAGCAAGCAUCAGGACCAGUCUGGAGUCAGAGAGGAGUCAGUCAGUCAGUCAACCUCAGCAGCAGCAGCGCGCUAAACUCACAGCUCCACCUCAGCUCCACCUCAGCAGCGCGCUAAACCAGCCGCCUCUCCUUUUCCCUUUUAGAGAAAGCAGCACAUGUGAGUUUGUUUCUGCUGCGCUACGGGACGCGGACCGGACAGGCGUGAGGAAACGCAGGUAAACGGAAUCUAAGCUUUAACAGAGAGGAGGAAAGGAAACCCCCCUCCUCUCCUUCACCGCGACCACCUUUUUCCUCCUCCUCGGACCUCUGUUCUCUUUUGGAGACACAAGUUGCUCACACACACAAAGAGGGAUGCUGCACGGUCCCGAGCCGCACUUGCACUCAGAGGGAACCUAAGAGUGGACCGGAGCGGGAUUACACUUCAUCUGAUGCAAAGCGCUCCAAAGCGGACUCUUUUUAUUGCCUGGAGGAUCAGCGCGCUUCAGAAGAUGAUCCCGAUCUGGCGGCGUGAGAACAUGUCGCAUCCCGUCUGAUGUUGGACACAUCUGAGGAUCGACUAGAGAAACUGGAGGAGGACAUUACAAAGUCACAGAAUCCAUCCCGAGCCCCGCUGGCACCUUUUUACUGGAGUCCGGACAACAGAUCGCCGUCCAGAUGCAGUUUCGACUCUUCUCCUUUGCCCUGAUCGUAUUGAACUGUAUGGAGUACAGCAACUGUCAGGCGCCGUCCAACCGCUUGAGGAGAAACAAGAGAGCUAGCUAUGGAGCGUACCCCAUCUGUAAAGGCUGCUCGGUGUGCUCCAGGGACAACGGCUGUGUAAACUGCCAGCCCAAACUCUUCCUGUUUCUGCGGAGGGAGAGGAUGAGGCAGUACGGGGAGUGUCUUCACGACUGUCCGGCCGGAUACUACGGCAUGCGCAGCCCUGAACUCAACAUGUGCUCCAGGUGCAGGAUAGAGAACUGCGAGUCCUGCUUCAGCAAAGACUUCUGCACCAAGUGCAAGUCGGGCUUUUACCUACACAAAGGGCGCUGCUUUGAGAAGUGCCCCGAGGGCUUUGCCCCGCUGGAGGAAACCAUGGAGUGUGGAGAGGGCUGCGAGGUGGGCCAGUGGAGCGAAUGGGGAGCCUGCACCAGGAGAAACAAAACCUGUGGCUAUAAGUGGGGUCUGGAGACCCGGACGCGGCACAUUGUAAAGAAACCACCCAAGGACACAAUACCCUGUCCCACCAUCGCCGAGUCCAGGAUGUGCAAAAUGGCCAUGAGGCACUGCAGGAGAGGUGGCUCAGGGAAGCACCGAUCCAAAGAACCAAAGAAGAAGAACAAGCAGAGGCUGCGGUUUCGGGCCCAGAACCAGCACAGCGACCACUUGGCCUCUGCGCGCUCCUCCAGCCAGUGAGGACUGAAACUACGGACUUCCCAUUGAACAAAGAACCAACGCAAAGCUGCUAGCCGCUGCUGCACCCAUAUUCUGACCGACGACUAUCACGAACCCCGCUGCCUCCCCUCCUCCACCCACCCCCCACCCCACCUCCCCGCCUGCCCACCGGGACACAACCAUGACUCACAAGUCCGUCACUACGAAAAUAUAAGUCUAACAUAGGAUAUCAGUAUCAACACGCUAAACACAUGCUUCACGCCUCUGCCUCCCGCUGCUUCUCCCCCCCCCGCUGCAGUGACCAGCCAGGUGACUUUCAGCCCCGCCCCUUUGCCUUGCCUUGUGGACCUUUACAGUUGACAUCACUGAACUCAUUUCCUGUCAUUAACAAUGUCAUUAACCGCGCAGGGUGAUGGAAGACGGAGGGGCAACCAGAGACUGUGGAGGCGGGAGAGCCGGAUAGAGGGAGGUGGAUAGGAGAGGUAGUGAGAGAGUUGGCAAGCUAAACAUGGGGUGGGGGGUUGGACCAGGGAGGAUGGGAAAAAAGAGGGAGGAUGAAGAGACAAAAGAGAUUCGGCUGAAGCAAACGAUGCUGAUGGACAAGAAAAUGGCAUCUUGAACUGAAAGAGACUGUUUUUUGUUCCUAUAUUUAUGUCAAAACUACCCUCACCUUCCCCUCGAAACGGAGACGGAGCGUUCCCAUGUGUGGCCUUUAUGUUGUGUACAUUUUUGAGAGUAAUAUUAAAGAAAUUACCAUGCAUAGUUGCAAAGUAUUUUAUUCUCAGCACAAACUGUUUACGUUCAGACCGCUUUAUGCUCUAACUGUAUAGUGUGGAUAAUAAAAAAAAAGAAGAAAUUUAGUUGUUCGACUAGCAUGGCAACAGACUCAUGUGUACAUAGUUUAUCUAAUUAUGAAAGCUUAUUACUGUAUUUUCAGUAUUGACUCGUUCACCGUUCUAAAUGUUUUAGAGAUAAAAAGGUUGUAAUACCAAGCUACAGAUUAAAAUGAUUAAAAACAAAAUAAUAAACAUAGCCGCCACAUAGCUAUUUCAUUUAUAUGGUAUAUAUUUGAUUUAUUUAUUAAUUAUAUUUUGUACUUUUUUUUUUUGUUCAGUGAGAACUUUUGCCUCAUACUGUUACUCUUAUAUGCUGAAAUAUUCUUUGAGUUCCUUAUAACAGUGCAUAUCUUUAACACGUGGAAAAGGUUUUUGUCUGAUGUCACGCAAAGUGUUGUAUUACAUUCAUUUGACCUCAUCUACUGAUUUCAAUGUUUUAAAGAAGAAGAAGAA